AUGACAGAACACAAUAAUAACCACCGCCAUUCACUGACGCCAACAUUCCACCUCCACUCGAAGAAGAAGAUUACCAACCCGUCCAUCAUGACCACCAACAAUAACAACAACCAUAACAGUUGCAACCAUCCAACACCACCAACACCACAACUAACACCACCACCAACCACAAUCAAACAACCCAAAAAGCUUCGACAAGAAAUCAAUACCCACGCAUUUAAACAAAAUUAUUUUGAGUUGGAUCUUCAUUCGGGAGAUGGUGUCGGAGGUGUCGGAGGUCAGGUGGAAGUGUUGCGCUUUCAAACAUCUUCCACCACAUCACCGACAUCCUCCCAAUCAUCAUCAUCCAAUCUUUCCAGUAGUAAGAUUUGCAAACGUUUUCAACAAAGGUUUCGUUCCAGUGAUCUCUCCUUGGAGGUGCCAAAGAAGAGCUUGAAGAAGAAGAGAAAAAAGAUUCAACCCUCUGUUUCCAAUGGUGAUGAUGAUGAUUCAUUAGAGUUGUUGAUGGAACCAUCGACAGCCACAACAACAACAACAACAUGGUUUCAACCUCAACCAAGUAGUCUUUUAACAUACUCUCAAGCUGACAGCAGACCAUGGCAGCAUGGUAUCAAUCAACAACCACAAGAUGCAACACAAGUGCUCAUUCCUUCAGAAAGCAGCAGAAAAGGAAAAGAGGAUGACCAUCUUCAAGUAGAACCACCAAAGAAGAAACACUUCAAGUCGACAACGACCAUGACGCCCACUCUACCACCACAACAACAAGUUCAUCAACAACCACAACCACAACUGUACCAACCACAUCAUUCCAUGAAUGAAGUUGUAAACAUUGCGCAUGUGUCCCCUUCUGAAAAACCUCUUCUGCAACCUGUCGACAUGUCUCUUCCACAGGUGUUGCAAUGGUUAAAGGAAAUGCAACAAAUGCAACAACAACAGCAUGACGAAAGAGGUUUUCAGGCUUCAGAUCAACACUUGGUUGCAACCAGUCAUGUUCAAAAUUUCCAAAUCGAUUCAUUCAUUCCUCAUCAGAAUCAUUCAGUUGGAAUGGUUGAUCCUAAUAAUUAUGGAACAUUGUUUGGAUAUGAAUAUCUUUUGCAAAAGACGACAACACCACCGAACAGCUUCCACCAGAAGACGAUGUAUACUGCUAUUGAAUCAGCUUCCACCAGAAAUGAAAAUCGAAUUCAGUUGUGUCCAUCGAUGGGCACACACUUUGUUCCUUCCACAUAUGGAAUCCCACCAAAUAAGGAAGAAGUUGAAUCUUGUGCCUUACAAGAGGCAUGGCAAAGGUGGUUAAAGGAAAACUCGGCCGAAAGGAGUGGACAUGUCCAACAAGUAAUGCACUAUGGAUCCAUUAUUGAAUCUUGUGAUCUUUACAACUCAACUGUAUCCAAGUUGGAGUCCAUUCAUAAUAGUCAAAGUCUCACUUCCAACUUGUAUCCAAUCACAUCAUCCUCCUCGAAUGAAGGCGUCAGUUCCUGCAACUUGUCUUCCACUGUCAUAAACCAUGUUGUUCAGAAAGAGCAACCACAACUGGAUGAAUGUCAAGAGGGCAUUACAAACAGAAAUGAAGUGAUCUCCACUUGGGCAGGUUUAUAUUUGGCCAUUCAACAAGCACUAAAAGUAGGAGGACCAUCCUCACCACUCUGGAAUAAAUAA